CUUGUCAUUGCUUAAACUACAAUCUCUCUCUGAGGUUUAUUCAUUAAAUUCAAACUUCGUAACAACAAAAAUUUUAUAUAAUUUAUCUAAAAAUGUCUGACGAUGAAUUCGAAGAAGCUCUCAGCUGGGAGCCCAUGGAUGUGAGUCAGGACAAUGCGGUCGAUUCUACUGUGGUGCCUUUGGAUCGCUCCGAAGAUGCCCAGUUUUCGGAGCAGCAGUAUAACAAUAUACAGGAUCGACUGACGCGUAUCAACAGACGUAUUAUCAUGGCCAAUACCGCCUUAGCCCAACUGCAGCAAAAAAUCAGGGCCAGAGUCUCACAGCCUCCAGGAGUACCAACUGCGGCUGAUAACUUGGCCGGAGGCGAUAACCCAUUCCGAGGGGAUGAGACUGAAACCGGUGAACAGAGCCAAAACUAAUUUAAAUAAAACUAAAAACACAGAGAUGAUGAUUCUCACGGGACCAUUGUUUAGUUGAAUUGUUGCUAAUUAAAAAUUGCCAAGC